AUGUGCUACAAAAUGAAAACGUGCUUGAUAAUCAAGGACAGCCGCUCAUUCAAAAAGUGGCCGGUGGAAUACCGCUGGGAUGAGGCCAGCACCAGCAGUGUUGUCAGCACCCCCAUCGAUGGCUAUAGCCGCACUACCGUCGUCACCGGCUGCAGCAGAACAGCCCACAACCAUGACGACCCGCAAGGGUCGCCUGCAGUUGCUGAGGAUGACGGGGCCAAGAAGGCCAGAACCAACAUCCUCCGCAUCAUGAAGCGUCGCGUCAGCAAGUUUGCCAGGUAUGCCUUGGCUCACUCGGUUGGCUGCUGGCUACUUUACCCGGGCUCCGUCUGCCUCUUGAACAGAGUUCCGCUGUCUUUACUGGUCAACGGCCGGACGUGCCUUAUGGAGGAUUUUUGCGGGAAACGGGCCAAAUUGAUAGCCCGCGAUGGGAAUGCAAUCGAUACCAUGUUUGUGGACAGGAGGAAGAAGAGAACUCCAGGAAAUCGAGGGAUGUGGUUGGUGAUUUGCUGCGAAGGGAACGGCAGUUUCUAUGAAAUGGGCUGCUUUUUCACGCCGCUGAAGGCUGGGUACUCUGUCCUGGGGUGGAACCACCCUGGUUUCGCCAGGAGUUCGGGGAAACCCUAUCCACAGAAUGACAUCAACGCCAUGGAUGUAGUCGUCCAGUACGCCAUCCAUCGCCUGAAUUUCACUCUGCCCGAGAUAGCCAUCUAUGGCUAUUCCUUAGGCAGCUACACAGCUGCGUGGGCAGCGAUGACGUAUCCGGAGCUGGGUGCUUUGGUUCUAGAUGCCUCCUUUGACAGUUUGCUCCCCUUGGCUAUGAAGGUGAUCGGUAAGAACUGGAGGAAGCUGGUGAAACAGACAAUAACAGAGCAUUUCAACCUCAAUGUGGCCGACAUGCUGUGCCAAUACCCAGGGCCGGUGCUGCUGAUCCGAAGGACCCUUGAUGAAAUUACCAGCACCCAGUUCAAUCCGAAGAGCCAUCUGCCCAUCGUCAAGACCAACCGAGCCAACGAGCUGCUCAUACAGCUCUUAAGGUCCCGUUACCCCAACAUCAUCUCCGGGAACGAGGACGCGGUCCGCCACUGGCUCACGGCUGAUUGCCCUCAGCUAGAAGCCCUCAUCUACAGUUACUUCUACAAGGUGGAUGAAAAGUGGUGCCUCCAUAUGCUGGAGAGCCACAGGUCCAGCCUUGGACCUAAGAGCGCCUUCCCGUGGAACGUCGGGAAAGGCCUCUCUCCCACCAAGAAGAAGCAGAUGGCUUUGUUUUUGUCCAAGAAGCACUUGAAGAACGUGGAGACCACGCAUGGAAGAACUUUACUACCGGAGGAAUUUGAGAUGCCCUGGAAGCUCUAG